CAAGUUUCCACCUCCCCAUACCUGUCGUCUCAUACCUACACAUGUUCGACUUGAAUUGCUCGACACAUCCCUCCGACCAGUCACGGCAAAUCAUUCCACCCUAGACACGACUUUCGUCUCUACUUCUCUCGCUUCGAUUCCGCACUUGGCCGCAUUUGUUCGAAUCUGUACAUUUCCUCAGAGCACACCUCCUCCCUCUGCUCGUCAUCCGUGCAAGAACCCCCAACGGCAUCUCCUUCUCUCAUUCGCUUCAUCUCCUAGCCAAUACAUCGUUGAACUUGAUCUACGCCGCUUGCUGGAUCUUCUCUUUUGGCAUCAGAUUCUCGUCCUCAUCCUCUUCAAGCGCCUCCUUCCUCUACCAACGAUUUCCCGCGUCCUCGACUUUUAUACCCCCGUCUCGAUUUUUGAUCAAAGACCCUUGGUUGCAACUAAUUGCUACCAUACCAGGCCGAAUCAUCAAGGUAUCAACUCUUCGACCUUGCAUUCACCAUCGAUUGAUGCACAUCUCCAUCUCAGCUGUCCUCUCCUGACCAACCGGGCCGAAUCAAAUUACAUGCUGGCCCGACAAUUCUGAAGUCUGAGUGCGGCCAGACCUCUGCUAUACUUUUCCUUAUAAGCGCUUGCUCAUCUGACCAUGGGAUUCAUUCAACGCGCAUUAAAACGUCUACCGGCCUCGUCGUCGCCUCCCCCUGAAACAUGGACUACAGAGAAAUCAAAGUCCAAGUCAUCAACACGCCUCUCCUUCUUCCGCAGGCGUAUCAGGUUAAAAGGGAACUCUUCAAUAUCCGUUCCACUGGGGUUUCUACUUUUAUUUCCUAGCUUGGUAGUCAUCCUCAUCCUCAUUUUGGUCGUCAGACAUCCUAAUUCUCCCGGACGAAUAUUGGUUCCAGCGGGAACACCCCCCAGUAUUCGGAAAAUAAACGAGAAGCACGAUCGUGUCUUUGCGACGGGCUGUCUCAAUCCCGAAGAUGCCGCCAAACAACCUCGAGCCAAUGCUGCCUUUGUCGUCCUUGCCAGAAAUAAAGAGCUCCCUGGCGUGAUUGAUUCGAUCAAGAGCAUGGAGCGUCACUUCAACCGUUGGUUUCACUAUCCAUACGUCUUUCUCAACGACGGAGAAUUCGAGCAGGACUUCAAGGACACCAUCACCAAUUACACAAGCGGUCCAGUCGAGUUUGGCAAGAUCGAUCCCUCUAUGUGGGGAUACCCAGACUGGGUGGACCAUGAAGUUGCAAGAGAGGGAAUUCGUAAACAAGGUGACGCCGCCAUCAUGUACGGUGGUAUGGAGAGCUAUCACCACAUGUGCCGAUUUUACUCGGGCUUUUUCUACAAACAUCCCCUGUUGGACAAGUAUGAGUGGUACUGGCGUGUGGAGCCAGAUAUCAAGUAUUUUUGCGACAUUACCUACGAUCCCUUCAUUGAGAUGGCCAAGGCCAACAAGACCUACGGCUUUACCAUUGCCGUCAAAGAGUUGAAGGAGACAGUCCCCAACAUCUUCCGAUACGCCUCGGCAUACAAACGCAAGCACAAGCUCGAGUCGGACCUGUGGACAAUGUUCACAGAAAAGAAUCCGGACAAAGCGGGAGGACAGGACGAGAAGCGGGCUAAAACGCUGCCGGACGAGAUCUUGCAAACUGAGCCGGGCCACCAGAAUAUCCAAGAUAUUGACCCCGAGUCGAUGGAGGGAGAAAAGUACAACAUGUGCCAUUUCUGGAGUAAUUUCGAGAUUGCUCGACUAGAUUGGUUCCGAAGCAAAGAGUACAACGACUUCUUCGAGACAAUGGAUCGAAGUGGUGGAUUUUGGAUGGAAAGGUGGGGAGAUGCUCCCAUCCACUCUCUGGCGGCAGGUGCCCUGUUGCAGACGCGAGAUGUCCAUUACUUUCGCGACUUUGGGUACCGGCAUACCACGAUCCAACAUUGUCCAGCCAACGCGCCGGCCAGGCAGCUUCCCCGGAUUCCAUGGCUGGAGAAGACGACGGAAGAUGAAAAGGAACGCAUUGAAGAGGACGAAUACUGGGCGACUCCUGAUCUUCCCAAAGAAAACGGGGUAGGAUGUCGGUGUCGUUGUGAUACUGACAUUCGCGAUGUUGAGGGCAAGGAAGGUAGCUGUCUCGAGGAAUGGGUUUUCGCUGCAGGAGGUUGGGCAUCGCCUUGAGCAUCCCGCCAUGAUUGAAGAGCAACGUCGAACCUGCCACCAAUGUUUGGAUCAUGGAAUCAACACGGAACGUUGAUUUGGGCUGUUUUGAAGCCCAAUAUUGUGAUUCGGCGCCUCGCAGGAGUGAACAGGUCUGGUGAGGGCAUGUCAAGCUACAGGACCAUAGAUUGGAUCCACGGGAAUCAAGUCCGCUCAAGCAUACGGUUGUUCAGAUCUGCCAACAAGAGACGGACUGAAGAAUUUGGACCAGUUGAUGGAGUGCAAAGGUAUCAUAUGGACUGGCAUAAAUUACUGAGUGGACUUUGUGGCCUAAGGAACUCAAGAGAAAGCGCCGGACUCGCGCACCGCCUCUGGGGAGGUUGGUGACUGGUCCAGGGUUGCGAUUGGGGACAAGGAAAAAGCACAAUGAUACAAUUCCAACGGGACGUGGAAGGACUCGCCCAAAAUAAGAGUCGAGAAGAAGGGUGUUGCACACAGUCGAGGAGAGGUGGCAUGGAAGAGCCAUCCGGUUGACUAAAUCAGGCACACAGUCAGUCAACCAUGUUCAGAUAGACAAUUUUGGACUGGUAUCCCUGUAUCCAAUCGAUAAUAAUAUGGACAGAUUGUUGAACCAUCG